UGCAAUGGGGUCUCCUAACCUCGCAACUGCGGCGAUUUUAUCAAGUCGGGGGCUAAGAGUUUUUGUACUAAAUAACGUAAAUUGCAGGGUUGAAUUGAAUACUAUUUAUAUGCUGCGUAGAUCGAGUUUUGCUGAGAUUAGUGAAAGGACAUUCCCCCAUGUGAUUCUCUGAUAACUGUUUCAAUUGGAAAGGUAUUGGUUGAAACGACAUCGAGAUGGGUCAAAUAGGAGAACAGGAUAGCAAUAACGUUGUGUUAGAUCUCCAGAGCAAACAUGACAGUAACAUCCAAAACAAGAAGCAGAAGGAGGAGAAGAAGUAUAAAUGUGAUUAUCCUGACUGCAAUGCUGUGUUUUUACGACCUAAUAGAUUGGAGAGGCACAUAAGAUCGCAUACUGGAGAGAAACCUUACAAGUGUAGCCAUCCAGAAUGUACAAAAUCGUAUACAAAUUCCUCUCAUUUAAAAAGGCAUUUGGAAACGCAUAAUGCUGUGAAGAAAGUUUACACAUGCACGGAAUGUUCAAUGGGAAUGAGAAGCUUACAGGGUUACAAACGUCAUUAUAAGCAGACCCACAGCGAGAAGAGGAUCUCCUGCAAGGAAUGCAACGCGACUUUCAACAAGAAGCAUCAGCUUGUCACGCAUCAAGCUUCUGAGCACUCAAUAAUGCCUAUAGUCUACAAGUGUGAUAGGUGCAACAGAAGUUAUCUGAAUCGCGGUAGAUUUAAUCGGCAUCAAAAGACACACGAGAAGCGUUGUCCAGUACCUGGAUGCUCAGAGGUGUUUGAUAAAUGGACGCUUCUGUGUGAACAUAGAAGAACAAACCAUAAAGAUCAUAAAUGCGACACUUGCGGCAAAGUAUUUCGUAGUAAAGCAAGACUAAUUUUACACUGCAAGAUACAUUCUGAAGACAGAUUGGUUUUUCCGUGCCCAUACGACACGUGUCAUAGAUUUUACUUUUAUAAAUCUAAUUUGGACGAGCAUGUGAGAACUAGUCAUCUCGGAAAGAAAUUUUACUGUGAUAUAUGCUCCGUGGGAUAUACGUCGAAGCGAUGGUUGAUAGCACAUAUUAAGCGUCAUUACGAACCCAAGAAGAAGAAAAAGAAAAAUAGAGAACCACGAAAGAAACGGAAAGAUGUUGGUGUACCAAAGAGAAGCGUGGUGUCUGCCUUAAUUGGAGUGGAUUUGCCAUAUUCUUUAGAAAAAAUGAUAAGGGAGCGAGAAACCAUGAUAAACGAAACAGUGACAACAACGGAAGCAUCUUGAUAAAUACCCAAACGAUAUAGAAAAAUCUAUAGAUUCAUUAUGUCUCUAUUACAAUAAAAUUAACGAUGUAACAUUUGUUAUUAAAUUCCGAUGUAACAUUUUCUAACGAAUAUUCUAAUUAGGAUAAAUCUAAUCUUGCAUUUGUUUUUAUAUUUUCAUUCUUUCUCUAUUAUUUUCAAAUCAAAUGGUGAAAUAAAGAGGCUCAAGAAUAAACAAAAAAAAAAUACUCUUACAUAAAAUAAAUAAUAUUUACAUCAGUAAACUUGGUAAGCUGGCGCCCGAUGCCUCUCCCAGGCCUCCUCCUCUCGAGUUGUCAGCUCCCUCGAUGCGACACUUUCUAUGUCGUUAUCUUCUGAAACAUAAAUAAAUAAUUUGAUA